AUGAUUGUUGAUAUUUCUGAGGGGAAUAGUCAAAACAUAUUGGAAAAUAGUGGUAAUCAGAAUAAAAGGAUCGGUAAAAGAAGGAAGGACAAAGUCGAAGAGGGAGAAGAAGACGAAGACGGCGAAGAGGAAGGGGAAGGGGAAGGGAAAGGGACUGGAGAUGGAGAUGACUUGUCAUCACAGAAGAAACUACGCGUGGUUUGGUCUGUUAAUCUGCAUAGAAAAUUUAUUUGUGUUGUUAACAAACUCGACUUGGAGAAGGUUGUUCCGAAGAAAAUACUCGAUUUGAUGAAUGUUGAAGGGCUUGCAAGGGAAAAUGUGGUGAGCCAUCUGCAGGUAUAUAUUCUUGCUUUUGUAGCCUGCAUAACUGUUCUGUUUAUUCACAAAUUGAAAGUUUAUACUGACGAAUUGACAAUGACCUAA